AUGUAAAGUGAAUAAUUGAGUGAAUAAAAAUUGUAUGCUUGGGGAAGUGCAGAAUGUGAUCAAUUUUUGGCUAAAGAUGAAGAUGAUGAAGAAAUGUAUGAAGUCAAGAGACCAUAUCAAAUAAAAGAAUUAAAUAAUCUAUCUAUAACUUAAGUGGCAUGUGGAGGUAUGCAUGCCUUAAUUUUAACAAAUUAAGGAAAAGUAUUGUAUAGAUAUUACAUAAAUUAGGUAUAUUCCUUUGGAUGUGAUGAUAAGGGAGUACUAGGUAGACCUAAAAUUGAAGGAUAGGAUGCUAGAGUACCAGCAUUGAUUACAGAUCUUCCUCCUGUUGAUAUGAUUGCUUGUGGUAGUUCUCAUUCAAUUGCUGCAAAUUCUCAUGGUUUAGUAUAUUUCUGGGGAUUUUAUGCAAAUACUCAUGGUCCAAUUGGAGAACCUGUAUAAAAACCAAAAAAAAUGGAUAAUAUUACAGAGGGAAUCAAAAAAAUAUUAUGUGGUUAAAAUCAUACAAUGGUAUUAUUGGAAAGUUAAAAAGUAUAUUAUUUAUAUAUAUAUAUUAGUUAUUGACAUGGGGAGAUGCAGAAACAUUAGUAAUAGGUAGAAAAAGUGAAACUAGAAGAUCUAUUAUUUAGAAUUUAAAUCCAUAACCAAUUAAGAUGAAAAAACCAAUUUUAAACAUUUUUACAGGGGCUUCACAUGCAUUUGUAAAAGUUUAAAUGAAAGAAAAUAAAGUUGGAAUAUUUGGUUGGGGAUUGAAUAAUUAUGGCUAAUUGGGAAUUGGUAAUUAAGAAAAUUAAUAAUUACCUGUAUUAAUAGAAUAUUUUGAUAAUAUUGAUAUUAUUGAUAUGGUUGGAGGAGAACAUCAUACAAUUGCAUUAGAUACUGAAGGAAUUUAUAUUCAUUUGGUAGACAUGAUGAUGGACAACUUGGAUUAGGAGAAGAAAUUAAUGAACAAUUAAAAGAAUAAGCAUAAAAAUAAUUAGAGGAAGAAAUCUAAUCAUAAAAACUAAAUGAAGGAAAUAAAAAAAAGAUUAGCAAGAAAAAUAAAUAGUAAGGGGAACUCUUUGAAAUCUAAAAGUCUGAUAAAGUUAUUGGUUAUGAAUUCAUCACUAUUCCAUAAAUGAUC